CUCUCUCUCUCUCUCUUCCUCUCUUCUCUCUCUCUCUCUCUCUCUGUCUCUCUCUCUCUCUCUCUUCUCUGUCUGUCUCAACCCCCCCUCCUUCUCGCCCUCUCUCUCAUUAAGGAAGUGAGUCUGUCAGUGAGAAGCUGUUGGACGCAGGACGCACAGAUGAGCGACUCGGCAUCAAACGGUGGAAACAGCUCUCAUGUUUCUAAAAAAGCGAAGAUGAGCGGAGAAAGAGCCAAAAGUCACCUGGAUGGAAUCCCUGAGCACACGCUCACUCAGGUGCAGUCGUACCUGGAGCGUUUCAGUCUGUCUCUGGAGCAGCUGCAGGACGUCUCCUCCCGGCUGAAGAAGGAUCUGAUCCGAGGUUUAGGGAAACACACGCACCACAGGGCGGCCGUGAAGAUGCUGCCCACGUUCGUCAGGGCCACGCCGGACGGGACGGAGCGAGGCGACUUCCUGGCGUUGGACCUCGGUGGAACCAACUUCCGUGUGCUUCACGUGCGCGUGCUGGAGGAGCAGCAGUGCGUGAUGAAGAUGGACAGUCAGAUCUGUGCCAUCCCUCAGGACAUGAUGCUGGGAACCGGAGAACAGCUGUUCGACCACAUCGCCGCCUGCCUGGGAGACUUCCUCGACUCCCAGAAGCUGAAGGGACAAACUCUUCCUCUGGGAUUCACCUUCUCCUUCCCCUGUGAGCAGAAAGAAAUCGACAAGAGCAUCUUGAUCCGCUGGACCAAAGGCUUCAACUGCUCCGGCGUGGAGGGACAAGACGUGGUGAAGCUGCUGAAGGACGCCAUCCACAGGAGAGCGGACUACGACAUCGGCUCGGUGGCCAUGGUGAAUGACACGGUGGGCACCAUGAUGAGUUGCGGCUACAGGGACAAGAGCUGUGAGAUCGGCAUGAUCAUCGGGACAGGGACCAACGCCUGCUACAUGGAGGAGAUGAGGAACGUGAAGCGUGCGGAGGGCGAGGACGGACGCAUGUGCAUCAACACGGAGUGGGGGGGCUUCGGAGACGACGGCUCGCUCAAAGACAUCCUGACGGAGUUCGACCUGAAGGUGGACGAGACGUCCAUCAACCCUGGAGUUCACACCUUCGAGAAGAUGAUCAGUGGGAUGUACCUGGGUGAAAUCGUGCGUCUCCUGCUCCUGAAGAUGACGGAGGACAAGCUGCUGUUUGAGGGACGGACGUCGGACGCCCUGCGGACUCCGGGACAAUUCCAGACGAAGUUCAUUUCUGAGAUCGAAGAGGAGGAGGACGGCCUGGAAAACGCUCAGAACAUCCUGACGGAGCUGGGCCUGGAGUGGAGCCCAGUGGACGUCCGCGUGGUGCGCCUGGCCUGCGACGUGGUGUCCACGCGCUCGGCUCAUCUCUGCGCCGCCGCCCUCGCCACCAUCGUCAACCGCAUCCGGGUCAACCGCGGGCUGGACCAUCUGAAGACGACCGUGGGGGUGGACGGGACGGUGUACAGGAAACACCCAAAUUUCAGUGACGAGCUCCAGGCGACUGUUCGCCUCCUCGCCCCCAAGUGCAGCGUCUCCUUCCUGGUGUCAGAGGACGGCAGUGGGAAGGGCGCGGCCAUGGUGACCGCGGUGGCUCAGCGGCUCGCCCUCCAGUCCCGGCUGUUAGAGGACAGCGACGGGGAGGAAGAGGAGGAGGAGGAGGAAGAGGAGCAGGAUGAUGACUAAGAGCAGAUGUGGAACAGAUACAACUGUUAAAAUGUAACAUGAAAAGUUUAGAAUUUAAUAUUGUGUUUUAUUUGGGAGUUAUUUUGUGUUCACUUCAAAUAAAACAUCUAUAAUUUAACGUUUUAUGACAAAAUAAACAACAAAUACAUUAAAAUCUCCAACAGCAACAUUAAAAACAUGAAUCCUGUGAUAACUCUUUAAUUCUCUCUGGUUAUAAAAUCAACAUCCUGGUAUUUUCAUCUGAAUCUCUGUGUUCCUGUUAAACGUUGUUCGAUGACUCAUCCACUCACGGACGUUUCCUGAUUCAGCGUCCAAUCAGAAAGCUUCUGAAAUGUUUAACUUCCUGCCCGUGACUACACAUUCUGCAGAGGAGGUCCUAAACCCAGCCUCCUCCAUGUUAGCAGAUGGGACGAAAAAUGAAAGUAGACGUUAAAUAAAUGUUUCUCAAAGAUG